AGUCUCAAAGAGGGGAUCAUAUAUGGGCAUAUGGCAGCUAUUUGCUGCUGCCACAGUGAUGAACUGUGUAGUGAACUGUGUGUACCCACAAAGAGGAAACCCCAAUGUUCGCAAAGAUCUUAAUAGAAAGAUAAUGCCCAUAGGUGCUGCCAACCAGGAAGUUUACCUCAUGUGGACUUCAACAAGAGAAGAUAUGGGGUCCUCUCAUUGGAUUCCAAACCACUUCGUCCCACUUUUGCCAUUGCAAAUUCCAGCAGAGUUUGUGGAUGACAGUUAUUCAGAAGAGGAGAAGGACAUGGAACUAUCUGGCCUCAGUGGAAUUUUGGAAAUUCUUGAAAAUGAUGCCCUCGAGGACGAUGACCAGCUUUCCCUGCUUGGCUUUCCAGAUGAUGAUAUGACAUUGAUGUCCAUGAUGGAGGAACAGGUACAGAAAACAAGGACUAUGGGGACCGGUAACCAAAGUGAGACGAAUCAAGUGCAGCCACUCUCUAAAAGUUUCAAUGCCCUAAAACAGGACAUUGCAGAUGUGAAGCUCCACGUCAAGGUAGAUGUUCAUAGCCCUGCUGCUGUUAAUGACGAGCAUCAUGCCACUGUAGACACUCGGCUGCCUUCUACUAAUGAUCAGCCUCCUGCCGCUGUCGAUGUUCAGCUCCCCACUACUUUAGACAUUCAGUUUCCAGCUGCUGUUGUUGAUCAGCCUCUUGCCACUGUCGAUGUUCAGCUACCCGCCACUGUCGUUGAUCAGCCUCCUGCCACUGUCGUUGAUCAGCCUCCUGCCGCUGUCGAUGAUCAGCUACCCGCCACUGUUGGUGAUCAGCCUCCUGCCGCUGUUGAUGUUCAGCUGCCCACCACUGUCAAUGAUCAGCCUCCUGCCACUGUCAAUGAUCAGCCUCUUGCCACUGUCGAUGUUCAGCUACCCGCCACUGUUGGUGAUCAGCCUCCUGCCACUGUCGAUGUUCAUUUCCCCACCACUGUCGAUGAUCAGCCUCCUGCCGCUGUCGAUGAUCAUCUACCCGCCACUGUCGUUGAUCAGCCUCCUGCCGCUGUCGAUGAUCAGCUCCCCACCACUUUAGACAUUCAGCCCCCAGGUGCUGUUGAUGAGCAGCCUCCUGCCACCAUUGAUGUACAACCCCCCACUGCUGAUGAUGUUCAGCCAAGGUGGAUGAUUGGCCUUUCAUUAGGUAUUAUACAAGCUGUAAGAAAGGGAAGUGGCAGGAGGGGGAUAUUGUGCAUACCAUUGUGCAUGAUGAUGUUGCUGGGCAGCUCAAUCCCCCAGAUAUCAUCAUGCAAGGAUCACGGAUAUUCUACAUAUUCAAAGACCUGUAAAAAAUACUUCCCAAGGCACGUCCCCACACAAGAGGCAGAUCCUUUUUUUAAAUGGCAUGCAUUUUAUGAAAUAAAUUUUUUCUCCGUCCUUUUGUUAUUUUUGUUUUAUUGA